CAGUCACAAUCAUCAUCCACACAAAACAACGCAACGACGAUGACGAUGGUGCUGCGACCACGUGUGCUGCACGUGUGCAGGAGAGGGGCGGCGAUUGCGGCGAGGGCGCGUGGAGGUGCAAGAAGCAUUGGAGGGAACCAAGGCAGAGGUAAAAGACAGCAGCGUGGUGGCCGAGUAUCGGCGGGUGCUUCUCCUGUUGCUGCACGGGAAGGGGCGGUGAAGAAGGAAAGGCCACGCACGGUUGUGUUUGGUGGCAGCAUCCCGUUCUCUGCGCUGCCAUUGCCGGCGCCACUGCAGGCGUCACUCGGCAGGAACCGGUUCGCCCAGAGCACGGUGAUCCAGCGCGAGGCUUACAAGCCCAUCUCCAAAGGCAGGGAUGUCGUCAUCGCAGCAGAGACAGGCACAGGCAAGACGCUUGCAUACCUGCUGCCCACGAUGGCCCGCCUCUUGGAAGCACGCCAACACAAACAGCAGCAACAACAGGAACAACAGCAGCAGCAACAGCAACAGCAAGCCAAGGUGGAAGUGGUAGCAGCAGAGACGGUGGUGGUCGAUCACGGUAGACCACGUCCACACUUCCCUCGCGCGCUCAUCAUCGCACCGACGCGCGACCUCGCCCGGCAGACCUACCGCGUUGCCCGCUCACUGGCGCAGGGCACCGGCUUGCGCGUGGUUGGCAUCGUCGGCGAUGCAGACAGCGACACGCAGAAGGCGCUGGACCGCCCCGCAGACGCCCUCAUCACCGUGCCUGGCCGCCUGCACACCCUCACCAGCAGCGGCGUGCUGCAGCUGGCCGAUGUGCAGACAGUCGUGCUGGACGAAGCCGACGUCAUGCUCGAGGACUUUCGGCUGGAGGUGAUCCCGACCGUAUCCGCGCUUCGGCCAGACAUCCCGAUUCCAGAGGCGGAGCUCAUCCCGGCCGCUGCGCGCGAACACACGCCGACAGCAGCGGACACGGCGAAGGAUGGUGCCACUGGCACGCUGGACGGUGUUGCCAGUGAUCGGAUUGACCCAAGUGCAAUGGAGGCGAGCAGUGGCGGUAAUGGUGAUGCAGCCAACAUCACUGACUCAACACUGCAAGCCACGUCAGCUGCUGAUGUCGAUGAGGACACAAACAUGGAUGAUGAGCCCGAAGUAGUGCUGGCGCGAAGGAUUGCCAAGUUGCGACGCCGAACACCAGCAACACAAACAACAACAGCAGCAGCAACGGCAGCGACAGCACAUGAGCAUGACAACAAGCAGGCAGCGCAAGUGGUGAUGGUGGGCGCAUCCAUAGCGUCACCAGCCAUGAAGCAACUUGGUGUUGGCAUUCCACGACUGCUCGUCGUUGCAUCACAGACACUGCACCGUGUCCCAUCCAAGCUCAAGCACGACUUUGUCAACCUGAAAGGCCCCAACAGAAAGCCCGACAAGCUUCUGUUCCUCUGCCGCCAGCUGCGACAGGAGGGGAAGCGUGCCAUCAUCUUCUGUAACACUGCCGACACCGUUGCGUGGGGCAGCCGCUUCCUUGAAGAGAACGGGCUUGCCACUGCUGCGCUUACAGGCACCAUGUCCAAGCAGACGAAGCGCGAGAACGUGCACCGCUUUGUGGACACGAAAGACGUGCAUCUCCUCAUCUGUACCGACAUGGUCGCACGCGGCAUGAACUUUGACGUUGAUGUGGUGGUGAACUUUGAUCUUCCAUUGACCUCCGUCGACUAUCUCCAUCGCUGCGGCCGCACAGCUCGCAUCGGCAAGAGUGGACAUGUGAUCAACCUUGUUUCUCGACCGGACCGACACAGCGCUCACCUCCUCAAGAUGGCCAUCAAGGCGCAGCAGCCGCUGGACGGCGUGUAUUCCGCAGAUGACACAGACGCGGGGACGAGGAGGAGAAGUGGCCACGGUGGCGGGAAGCGAGCAUGGUACACGGCCAAGAUUGUUGGGCAACGCAGGAGGGGCAAGCAAGCAAGAUGAUGUGGCAAGGAUGCCCGUUUGCACACGUGCGUGUGUGUUUGUAGAUGGAUGAAUGGACGCUCUUUGUUGCGUAUUUGUGCGUGUGUAUGCGUGUGUGUGUGUGUGUACUUCGUGUGUGUCAUGAGUAAAGGAAUCACUUGGCG